GAAAACAAGUCUUACUUCUGUUAGAAUCUCUUAAGUGGCAAACAAAUCAAAAGUAAUUUGUAUUAUAUAUUGAUAUUCAUUAUUAAGACAACAACUUAUACAGUAUAAAAGGCUUGAAAACACAUUUAUUGUAUUAAUAUAUAUUUUGAGUGAUUUAUUGGUGAAUGCAAAGUAAGGGUAAAAGAUGUCUUCGGGUUUUGACGGCACGGGAAGACAUAUCGAUUGGCCCGACUAUUUAGUCAUUGGAUUAUAUUUUGUGGGCAUUUUGAUCGUCGGAUUUUGGUCUUCGAGAAGAAGUAAAGGGGAUUCAGUGAGCGGUUACUUCUUAGCCAAUAGGAGUAUGCAUUGGAUACCAGUAGGCGCUUCUCUAUUCGCGAGUAACGUAGGAAGUGGUCAAUUUGUAGGUCUAGCCGGUUCGGGAGCUAGUUCUGGACUAUCCAUCGCGGCCUUUGAGCUUAAUGCAAUGUUUGUCCUAUUGGUGUUGGGAUACUUUUAUCUACCGGUCUAUAUUGCAGCCGGAGCUGACCUGUAUGCCGGCGCCCUAUUCAUCAAACAAACGUUGGGUCUAAAUAUGUACGUUUCGGUUGUCAUUCUUCUGGGCAUAUCUGCCGUCUUCACAAUGGCUGGCGGUCUGACCACAGUCAUUUGGACUGAUUUCGUGCAAACAAUUCUCAUGAUUAUUGGCGCUCUCGUACUCGUAAUCUUAAGUUUGAAAGAAGUGGGCGGUUAUGAUAAACUGAUGGAUAAUUUCAGAGAGCUAGGACGUCCUAAUAACACAGAAUAUUAUUCAAUAAACAGUGCCACUAAUAAAUCUUGCAGCGAAAUCAGCCAAUACUAUAAAAAUCUGUUGAGACCCUGGGAUGAUGCAGACCUUCCCUGGACGGGCAUGGUGUUUGGUAUCACUGUUUCAGCAGUUUGGUACUGGUGUUCUGACCAGGUAAUAGUUCAGAGAGCGUUGUCAGCAAAGAGUUUUUCACACGCGAAAGCCGGAUGUACUCUCUGUUCAUUCAUUAAGUUAUCACCGCUUUAUUUGUUGGUUUUGCCCGGAAUGGCAUCCAGAGCUUUAUGGCCAGAUGAGGUCGGAUGCUCUAACCCUGAAAAGUGUAAAGAUAUUUGUGGGUCGGAGUCGGGCUGUUCUAACAUCGCCUACCCGUUGCUAGUGUUGAGAAUUAUGCCAACUGGAGUGACGGGUCUGAUGUUGAGCGUAAUGAUGGCGGCGCUCAUGAGUUCUCUGACAUCCAUAUUCAACAGCGCAGAUAGAGCAGGUGAUAUGUUGAGCGUAAUGAUGGCGGCGCUCAUGAGUUCUCUGACAUCCAUAUUCAACAGCGCGUCCACUAUAUUCACGAUUGAUAUCUACAACCGAUUCCGUAGGAAUGCCUGUCUCUAUCUCGUCCACUAUCGCCCGGCCCACAAACAGGACAAGGACCACCACCAGUCAUAG